GCGAGAUCCGCGAUGAAGUCUCUGGACGAGAAGGUUCGGGCGCGGGCCGAAGCCGAUGGCGUCGUCUUGGAUCUGAGCAACGCGUACCUUGGCGACGACGGGUGCGCGGCCUUGUGCAGGCUCUUGCGGCAAUACCCUGCGAAGCGCGUGCUGGACCUGCGCGGGAACCGCAUUCAAGCUGACGGGGCGGUGCACCUCGCGGCCUUUCUCAAGCACAACGACAGCGUCACGAGCAUCAACCUCGAGUGGAAUUGCGUCGGCGUCCUCGAGCACGGACUCGAGGCGCUCAGCGCCGCCCUCGCGAUGAACACGACGCUCACGCACCUCGAUUUGCGCAACAACAGCAUCGGCCCCGACGGCGCGACGCUCCUCGCUGCUGGUCUCCGCCGGAAUCACUCGCUCCAAGAGCUCGACUUGCGCUGGAACGACAUGGGCUCUGUCGGUGGCCACGCGCUUUCCGAGAUGCUGCAGGACAAUCAUUCGCUUUUGCGCCUCCACCUCAUGGGCAACAACGUGUCGAUGGCGACGCUGGAGCUCGUCGACGCGUGUUUGCGGCGCAACCUCAACAGCGUGGCGUCCGCGCCCAACUUGAAAGAAGAGGUCGUCGAAGAGCCAGUAGAGAUCGUGCACGACGAGACGGCAUAUAUCGACGAGGACCGAUCGCGCAAGGACGACGAGGAGGCGCGCUUGCUCUUGACGUACAUGGCCGAGACGGAGAAGCUCCAGGAAGAGGUCGCGACUACAAAGAAGCACGUCCACGUCCUCGAGGACCAGAACGAAACCAGCGAACGGCGAAUACAAAAGCUGCAUGCAGACGUCCGCUUGCUCACUGAUGACCGCGACCGGUACCAGAUGCGCGAGCUUGAAGCGCUCAAGACCGCCGACGACUACAAGACCUUGUACAAUGAAGCCGACGCGCGCCGACGAAAAGAGUAUGACGAGUUUGAGAUCGUCAAGCACAAACUCGACCAAGAGCUACUCCGCGCCAAGGACCACGCGCUCCAAGCCGAGCUCAGCCAUGAACGCGUCUUGGAGCAGCUCGAGAACGAGCGCAAGGGUUUUGCACGGGAGCGCGACUACCUCGAAGGCAGCUUGAGCAAGGCCAAGGCGUCGCUGCAGACGGCACAGAUCGAGUGCGAACGGCUUCAAAAGCACCUGAUGGACGAGCGCAGCGCCGCAGAGCACAAGCUCGCCGACGCCAGGAGCGAAGGCGAGACCAAAGUGAACCUCGCAAACCGGCGGUUCGAUAUGCCACGCAAGGCGCGCUCGAAGACCAGGUGCGCGGCCUCCAGCACCAGCUCGAGACGGCAACACGCGACGCACUGCACUUGCGCGACGCCAACGAUACUCUCCAGAGCAACCUCCUCCAGCUCAAGCUCGGGCACGAGAAGGACCUCGCGAGCCAUCUCGCCAAGAUGGAACAGGAGACCCAAGACCGGUUUGAGCGGUCCGUAAUUGCGAUCGAGGCGCAGCUCGCCGACGUGCGCAGCAUGCGCGUGGCGCUCGAGCGCGACGUCGAGAAGCACCUCGACACGAUCGAGCGGCUUCGCAACGACAAGACGCGGCUCCGGGCCGAGCACGAGACCGACCGCGCGAACUUGGAGCGCACAAUAGUAGAGCUCCGUGCGGCAGCGCAGGCUCAUAUCGAGUCCGACGGCGCCAAAGACCUCGAGUUCGUGCGCCUCCAGCGCAAGCUCGACCAGACGAUGGACCGCAUGGCUCAUUUGGAAGCAACGUUAGCCCAAGCAACGCUCGCCCACGACGCGCGCGUGGCGGAUCUCCAAGCGCGGUAUGACGUCGAGCGAGCCAAGGCCGAGGACAGUAGCAUGCAGCGCCUCGAGCUCGAACGUCGGCUACAGAGUGAGGUCGACGCCCUCCGCGCCACGCUCGCCGACGAGCGGUCGGCGGCAGACCGACGACUGCAAGCGUUUGCAGCGCGCGUGACGCGCUUCGUCGCCCAAGCCGCCGCCAGUGACGAUCACGUCGACAAGUGAACGCAUCCAACGUGGUGUCGUAUUCGUAUAUAUUCGGAGCGGCUAUUCGUAAAAUAUGCGAAAGACCGUCUUGGCGAUGAGCAUCUCGGCGUCGUAAAAGCCGGUUUCGAUCGUGAUUUUGCC